GUGUCGGCCCUUGACAACCGGAACUGGAGGUGGUGCCGGUGAGAGGAAGAGAGGGAGGCGGACAGACAUCGGGGUUUCCUUUAACCGCCGCCUGUGCUCUCUUUCCAUCGCAGCGGCAGACAUGGCCUCUUCGGCAGGGGGCACGGCUCCGGCAGGUCCCGGGGCGGGCACUGGCUCGGGCCCCGGCCCCUCCAUGUUCCGCUGGCUGGAAGUAUUGGAGAAGGAGUUCGAUAAGGCCUUCGUGGACGUGGACCUGCUGCUGGGUGAGAUCGACCCCGAUCAGUCCGAGAUCACGUAUGAGGGCCGCCAGAAGAUGACGGCGCUCAGCUCCUGCUUCGCACAGCUGUGCCACAAGGCUCAGACCGUCUUCCAGAUCAAUCACAAGCUGGAGGCCCAGCUUCUGGAUAUGAAGUCAGAGUUAAUUGAUACUCAGGCUGAGAAGGUUGUGUUAGAGAAAGAAGUGCAUGAUCAACUUUUGCAGCUUCAUGCUGUUCAACUGCAGUUGCAUGCCAAGACUGGGCAAAAUGUUGACUCCGGCUCAAUCAAGGCUAAGCUGUCUGUCCUUUCAGUGGAUGAGAUGGAAAAAGAACUAGAAGCCAAUAAAAAAGAAAAAGUGAAGGAAGCAAAACUAGAAGCUGAUGUAAAACUGCUGAGAAAAGAGAAUGAAGCCCUGCGUCGACAUAUAGCAGUUCUACAAGCUGAAGUAUAUGGUGCAAGGCUAGCAGCUAAGUAUCUAGAUAAAGAGCUAGCGGGCAGGGUUCAACAAAUCCAGCUUUUGGGUCGAGACAUGAAGGGACCUGCUCAUGAUAAGCUCUGGAACCAGCUAGAAGCAGAAAUACAUCUUCACAGACAUAAAACUGUCAUUCGGGCAUGCCGAGGACGCAACGAUCCGAAACGACCCCUGCCCAUGCCACCUGGACAUGAUCCAGAUAUAAUUAGGAAGACCCAAGGGGUUGGGCCAAUUCGCAAAGUACUGUUGGUUAAAGAGGAUCAUGAAGGACUUGGUAUAUCAAUUACAGGUGGCAAGGAGCAUGGAGUCCCAAUUCUAAUAUCAGAAAUCCACCCAGGCCAGCCUGCUGAGCGAUGUGGCGGCCUUCACGUUGGAGAUGCCAUACUAGCUGUUAAUGGAAUAAAUUUAAGAGAUGCAAAGCACAAAGAAGCUGUUACAAUCCUUUCCCAACAGAGAGGAGAAAUUGAGUUCGAGGUGGUAUAUGUUGCUCCAGAGAUAGACUCUGAUGAUGAAAAUGUGGAUUAUGAAGAUGAGACUGGGCAUCGUUAUCGUUUGUAUCUUGAUGAGUUGGAGGAAAGCAGAAACGCGGCUGUCGGUAGAAAUGAUGGAAGUGGAGAUGCCAAACCACUAGCAGAAAAAGUAACAGACCAGAAACCAGUUCUGGAUGCCAUUUUAAAUGGAGAUGCAGGAACAAAUAGUGAAACGGCUUCAGAAGAUGCAACAUUCAAACAAAAGGAUUGUGCAGAAUCCUCAUCUUAAAUUGGGCUUAUGUUACUUGAACACUAACAUGAUUCUUCUGCACUUGACUGGUAAUACGGAAGGAGCAUUGUAUGAAUGUGAUCACCUGUAUAAACCUGUACUGAAAAUGUCAGAAAACAUAACCUUGAUUAUGUUCUGGGGCUAAGGGGUUCCAAUGAUACCACAAAACUGCUUUAAUAACAGUUCUGCAUGUAUGAAAAUAUUUUGACUUUACAAUAAUUAACCAUUACAAGUAAAUUUAUUGGAAGAUACCAGUUGUGAGUCACACCGAACUUCAACUUUGAAACUUGAAAGAGACUUGGCACGUACUAGGUGUUAACCUAAAUUUAAAAUCAAAGAGCAUAUUUUGGCGUGUGUUAAUACUGCCUGUUAUUGCACUUUCCCUUGGAGUUCUUUUGUGCACAAUAUCGGCACAAGAAGCACUUUCACCAUUUUACAAUACACUCUGUCAGUGUUUUCUUGAGGUUUUUGCUUCUAAGUUGAACCAUAGCGGUUCAAAGAAAAUUAUGGAAUUGUAUUUGUUUCUCUUUGUUCGUGCAUAAUUAAUCUGAAAAUAUAAUCCCUUUAAAUACGUGCAGAACUGUUAAGCAGAAUCUCUUAAUGGUACAAUGUAACUGUGACGACCCACAGUCAUGUUCAUAAAGAAUGUUGUUGCAUUGCUUUAAAUAUUACUGUUAACCUAGACAUGAAUUGACAUCUUAGUUUAUAUCUAUCAAUAGUGAAAAUGUGAUACCUUGUAUUUCUGUAUUUUAGUAAAAUUUAAUGAGCCAGUGAGUUAUGGAUUAUUAGGUUGCAUAGCUGCAUCUCAUUGGAAGACUAUUUUUCUUAAAGAACAUUUCCAAAUGCAGCUGUAAUAAUUAUUUAAAGAUAGCCUGAGUUACAUUGUUGUUGAAAGUACACAGUUCCUAUAUAUAUCCGAUCCAGCAUUGAAAUGCACUAUUUGUAACUAUUUAGUUAUUCUGCAAAAAUGUUAAGUGUAAUGUCUGUUAAAGUUAAGAUGACCGUGGUAUGUUUUACAUAGUAUCACUUCUUCAGGUAACUUGCACCCUUCCAAGAGUACACUGUAUAUUGAUCUCUGUGCAUGGGUCACUUGCUAAUUCAAAAUUACUAAAAUAUUCAGAACUCUUAGCCUUCUCAUUCAUACAGUGCAGCUGCAGUAUGAAAUGCAGAUUUUUAACUUUUGUGAACAUGCUUAAGAAUGGUUUUUGGUUAGUGACAUGAAUUUGGAUAAUAGAAAAGCUAGUGCUGCAAAAGAUUACUGCACAUUAGUUAAAAAAAUAACAUAUUCUGAGCACAGGAAGAGAGAUACUUGCCACUCCUGUUUUUUUCUAUACUUACUGAUAGAGUUCAUGCUCUUUCUGUUUAUAUUAUAAGAAAACAAAUGCUUCACUUUAUAUAGUGUAUGUUUGUUUUCAGUCGUACUAAUGGUUACUUUGCUAUUUUGAAAUAGUAGCUCUAAAUUGUACAUACAUACUCAUUAUUGGAUUUUUUUUCUAUUUAUAAAGUUACACGGUUUAUGGUGAAUGCUUAUUUUUAUGUUCUCCCUUACCACAGCCCCCAACUCUCUCUCUCUCUCUCUCUCUCUCUCUCUUUUGCACGCACAGACACAUGCACAAACACUUUUCAUGGCUUCAAAGUUAAUGUUAAAAGACUGUUGUCUACAAUUAAAUAUAUUCAAUUUUAUUGUUACACUCUGCCAUUUGGGCUGAGUUGCUGAAACAGUUUGGCAUGACAUUUUCUUCAAUAAUCCAUUUUUUUUUAGUUUUUUUGCUGCAUUUCAUUUUGAAUCACUGCUAUUUCUGAAGCUAAAUGUGAUACGACUCAAAUGGCAAAGAUUUAUCUUUUUUCAGUGGAUGGCAACUAAUUACCUGUAGAGACAUGCAUGUUCAGAAUUUGUGGGAUAAUAUUUGUUGUACAUUUAUGGAAAUAUAGGUUUUAUUUCUAUGCAAUUGUAAAUCAAUUUCUUUUACUAAUAACUGGUAAACAUUUUCUAGAAAGCCUUUGACAAGAUUACCAUCUACUUCUGAAUUUGCAUAAUUAGUGACACUGUUCUCUUAUCCACCAAGAAAACUGUUCAUCUCACAAUCCUUUUACUUAAUUUACUCAAAUGUUCUUUUUACUACUAGCUUCUGUCCACAUUUACAUUUUUAUAUAAAACUGAAGUGCCAGCAAUGAAUUUUUUUUACUGGACACUUAAGCCUCACUCCUUUCUUUCAACACCAGGCUCUUGCCGUGUCAAUUGAAUGAUAGAGAGAUUUGAAAGAGCUACUAGUUUAUUUUGUUAUAUUCACUAAUAUAAAGUGUAUAAUGUAUUGUUUACCUUUUGUUUUACAAUCCAAUAUAUUUAUGCUAUGUUAUCAUUACCUUGUGUUUUGGAACGUCUUAACUUUACCUGGAUGACAAUAUCAUUAUAUUUUGUACUUUCGGUUUUGUACACUUGCAGAAAGCAUAACAAUGCCAAAGUAAAUGGAAAAAAGUAAUUUUCUCAGGAUUGUGAAAAUAGAAAUGGGUAACAAGGGAUGUGGAAGGAUAAAAACAUAAAAGUUUAAGUUA